UACCAAAAGUAAAAGCUAUUGCUAUCGAUAACGAUAGUACCUCGAGAAAAUAAAAAUUGAUUUGCAUUUGUUCUCGGCUUAAAAUGAAUUAAAUGUUAUUGUUUUUGCACCGAAAAAACUCCCAAGUCGCCAAAUCCACAAAUUCCACUAGUCAAACGGACUAAACUGAAACAAAUCGAACAACUGCCAAAAACUAGAGCGUAUGUGAAGGAAAGGCGUGUGUACGAUACACACCGAGCGAUAAGAAAAAAACGGUUACAAGAAAGCUCUCGAGGGAAAAAAAAAACGAGAAAUAAUACAUUUUACAAACGAAACAAAAAACCAAGCCGCGAGUGCCGCAAAAAUUGGCGAAAAUCGCAACAAAAAAGUGUAUGUCAAAUAGGAAAAUGUGGCUCCGCCAGCGAUAACGGUACUCCAAUGCGCUCUCUCGCACGCACACAGACACACACCGCACACCAUCGCCACUGCCAAAUAGCGAAUCCUGACCAACAGCCGCACCUAUAAAAGUGGGCGUAGCUGGCUUAAUCUAAUACCCAAGCGGAUUCCGAUACACACCUAUACACACAUGCCCACGCUGGAAGAGAAGGAGAGGAAAGGAAGCUAAGCGAAAGGACAGGACAGAAGGGCAGGAAGAACAAAGCAGCAUCGGCGCGUUGGAGAAAUGUGCGGGAAGAGAAGAUUGAAAAUAAACGUGUAGUAGAGAAUUUUUGAAGCACUCACACGCACACCUCCCACACUCUUUUUCUCUCUGUCUCUCUGCUUAUCCCGUUUGCCGCCUACACACAUACAUACGUACAUACGCUCUCGUAUCGCGAAAAGCGUGAGCUUUGUUGUUGCUUCUCCCACCCCCUCUCUUCUUGGGGAGCUUCUGCUGUUGUUGUUGUUGUUGCCGCUGAGCAAAUGGCAGACCCUCUAAGCGGGCGCCGCUGGUGAUAACAUGUCGUAAUGGCCAGAGAGGAGUCUCGCGGCAAGAGACCACUGAAAAUCUGGGACAGCUGGCGGAAUGUGCGCAAGGGCGUCGUAGUUGGGACCUUCGAGGAGCUCUUGGUCCGCGGCAAGGAUAAGCUGGGGGUUCCUGCUUCAGAACCGGUGCGUGUCGUUCUGGAGUGUGAUGGAACCCAAAUCGAGGAUGGCGAAUACUUUCGCACCCUGGCCAACAAUACGGUGCUGCUGCUGUUGAGGCAGGGAGAGCGCUGGUAUCCCACUGGCGUCGAUGUCAUAAAGGCUGCCAUAUCAGCUAUUCCGAAAAUCGUCUGUGAGACGAUUCAUGCGCUGGAGUUGCAUGAUGAGACACCGUCGUGGAAGAUCAUGGAUAACAAAGGGCGUGUCACGGUCGUUUUGCACUGGGAUCAGCGGCAGGGCGGAGGAGGCGGCGGCGGCGGCGGAGGAAGUGGUGGCGCUGGCGGAGGCGGAGUGGGGAGCAUGUGCUCCGGCCUGGGCAGCAGCAAUGGACUGCUGUCGUCCGACAAGUACUCGCCCUCAAAGAAGGGCCUCUCCGCGCAGAGUUCGCUGGACAACAAGUCGGUGUCAUCGCAGUCCUCCCAGCCGCGCUACGCCAGCCCCCAAAUAACGGUGAUUAGCGACGACGGACCGGCUAGCAUAUACCAUCCCGGUGGCGUUGUCCUGCCGCCAGGAGUUGUGAUACCCGGCGGCAGCAGGCGGCUCUCCAAGCAGGGCAGCUCCUUCGACAGCACCGUGGGCGUGGGCGUGGGAGCGGUCCACGUGCAUACGCCGGAAUGCGCCCACCACGCCCACACGCCCAGCAGGGCGGGCAGUCCCAGCACAACGGAGUGCGAUUUCCACUGCUGUGCGCUGCACGAGGAGGGGCGCAAGAUCGCCGUGCACAAGAGCGUGGCCACGUCGCCCAUCCAGGACGGGAGCAGCAGUCCCCAGCCGCAGUCGGCACCAUCGGUUAUGGAUCCUAUGCUGGGCGGCAGCAGCGGCGGCGGCGGCGGAAGCGGCAGCAUGCAGCGUCGUUCGUCGGGCGCCAAGGGUCAUGUGCGAUUCCUGGACAUCGCCCCGGAGCGGGACAGCUCCGAGAGCGAGACGGAGAACACGGUGAUGGAGGACGACAAGACGACGACGGAGAAGUUUCUGCUGCUGAUCGACCAGCUGUCGGUGGACCAGAAGCGCCACCUUAGCAUCAAGGACAUCGGCAUCAUACUGGAGCGCCUCAACUCGAAGAUCCUCGACGUGGAGCGAUUGGAUCGCGAGUCCGAGUCGGACGAUUGCUACAACUGGACGAUAAAGGCGACAAUACGCGGCGAUGCGCUGCGCGAACUGGGCGUCAUUUACAAUGGCAACUACUAUGCCAUCUCCGAGCAUCCCGGCUACAAGGAGGAGCUGGAGGAGAACGGCGAGGAGGUCGAGGAGGAGGAGGAGGAGGAUGAGGAGGACAGAAUUUAGAGUGCCAGUGACAGGCGGACGAAUGCCCCACGUUGGGCGCCACGGAAGGUAUCAAUAAACUAGCGCAUUUUACAGAAACAGAAAACGAAAAAAAUGGAAAAACCAAAAAUAGGAGUAGCCCAGCAGCUCAACAUACGAACACACUCACACACACCAACAUGCAUACAUAUAUACAUAUAUACUUAUAUAAAAUAAUUACGAGAAUAUAAUAAUGCAAGUCGCACAUUGUACAAUAGUGAAGUAAGCAUAAACGUGAAUUAUAAAAAAAGGCGAAAGCAAAGCAGAUACACACACACA